CUGAAGCUGCGCUAGAGCCACAGUGCGUGACGGGUCAGUCUAUUACUGUACUUCCAAAAGCACACUCGUGCUCAGAGGUUCCCUGUAGAGUCCGAAAUGAACCUGCCGUCCAGAGAGGAGUGCGAGGGGUGGGACCAGGCAAAAGUAGCCUCCUUACUGUAUAAGAAUAAUAUGCAAGAAUGCGCCGUCACCGUAAACAGACUGAAAAUUAAUGGACAGAGAUUUCUGAACCUGAGUGAAAGUGACAUGAGCAAGUUUAGUCUCAUCCACCAGCCGCAGCUUCAGAAGAUUGUUCAAGAUAUCAAGAAAAAUGAUGGCAGCUUCCUGAAUAAACUAAAAAGGCUGACAAACAAACCGGUGCCCACAGUGCCGGCAAGAGACUACAGAGAUGACCACAGGGAAAGCGACGAUCAUCUGUCGGAUUCUGAUUAUGACAAUGACACAUAUGAGGAUCCACGUGAUGAUGACAGCUACGAACCUCCUCCUAGCCACAGAGUCUUCACCGCACUUCCCUCUGGUUCCUUCCCAAGGGGCGAGUAUGUUGACAGCCCACCCAAGCGGCCACCCAAGAAGCCCCUCCGCCCAACUAAGUUCAAAGAGCUACCCCCUGAACCCCCGAACGUGGGAAGUGAUGAAGAGGACUACAUAAAUCCAGAUGUCGAUGACAACUAUGUAGAACCUUCAGAGAAUGCUACUAGCAGGAACAGUGGGAACAAAGCUACAAGAGACCUUCCCAAGUUACCAGAGCGGACUCCGAGUCCCGAUUUCUAUGAAGUUCCUGACAAAGAGGACAAUUCUCCAGCUCAUCCAGGAAGCAGAUUAUGUCCAACCCCAGCAAAACACUCACCAUCUUUGCCACCAAAACCCAGCCCCAGGGUGGCCAUGAGGAAAUCUCCCACGCAUGUCCAGGAGAUAACUGAUGGGGAUGAAUAUGAAGUUUGCGAUCCAGAUGAUAGUCCUGGGAGGAAUCGUCCCCCACCUCUACCUAAACCUAAACCUGUACCCAGAGAGAGGUCACCAAAACCACCUCUAGGACCGAGGCCAGAUUUAAAAGCAAAGGACUUUGAAAGCAAAACACUGCCUUUGGCUCAUAAUGAACAGAAGACUCCUCCAAAAGCUUUUACGCUGGACUUUCAGCGACCAAAAAUUCCUAUUCCACAGUUUACCUCCCCAAAGCCUCCUGAAAAUGACACAGGAGAUCAAGAUAAGGAUGCAGAUAUCUAUAGGAAACCCUGGUAUGCCAACGGGUGCGACCGAAAAACUGCUGACGAUGCCUUGUUUCGCUCGAAUAAAGACGGAGCGUUUAUGGUGAGAAAGAGCUCUGGUCAUGACGCACAGCAGCCGUAUACGUUAGUGGUGUUUUACAAUGGCAGAGUGUACAACAUCCCGAUCCGCUAUAUACCAAGCACUCAGCAGUAUGCUCUGGGAAGAGAGAAGAAAGGGGAAGAGCACUUCAGCAGCGUCUCUAAGAUCAUUGAGAACCACCAGAGAAACCCCCUGGUGCUGAUUGACAGUCAGAGCAAUGCCAAGGAAGCCACCAAGCUAUGCUACCCAGUGAAGCCCUAGGCGACCCUCGGUGACUCCAAACAGCAGAGUGAUUGGUGCCGAGCGACUCGGUCCACUGUGUUUGCUGUGAGACUUUACAGAGGUCACUGGGGCUGUUGCUCUGUCACUUAAAAAAGCAGGUUUGAAACACACCCGAGUGCAGAGCUUGAUUGUUUCAAAACAAGCGCAGGAGUCACCCAGUGCGGGCGUGCAUGAGAACCUCACCAACACAGAAGCUUCCAUCGCGUUAUGUUAAAGGUUAUUUAGAUUGACACCCUGGCGAGUGAUGUGACAUCACAGUGUUACACUGAUAAUGAAUCGUCUUUCCCCAAUUUUCUGAGAACUUUUCUUGACAGAAUUCCUCACUUGUGAUAAUUUUUUUUCCUUUUGACCUAAUGCAGUACCAAUGCAGUAUCAAGCGGUCUGACACUAUACACUGUAUAUGAUUUUAUGUAUGCAUUUCUGCCAAACUGACUAAGAACUGUGUGUGAAAAGCAAUCCUUUUUCUAUUGUCCACAAUGACACCUCGAACUGUAAAUCUACAAUUAUAACUUGCCAAAUUGGCAUAAAUAAUGUACAUAGAAUAUUAGAAUGCAUCUAGAGCUGGACUUUGAGCUGGACACCAACCAGGUUCAGAAUAAACCGCAGGAGCACGCAAUGGGAUUUCAACAAGCGUGUGAGUCAGACAACACAAAUUCAAACCCAUCCUAACCCUUAAUCUGUGGCUAGGAUGUUGUGCAGGAGCAGCAGCCCCAUUAUCUUUUUCCCCUCCUUCAAUGGUUGAUUGUCAGCAGGACUGCAUGCUGGACCUGCCUGCACUGCUGGCCGUGCAGAGCUGAAGUAGCACAGACACAGAGAACUUUUAAACUCAUGUUUUAUUCACUUUUUUUUUUAAUGCUCAGUUGGUAAACAGUGUUUUAAAAUGAAUCAAGGAAUGAGACAGCUUUGCUGUAAGCAGAAAGAAGCAGGAAGCAGUAGGUUUAUGAUAGCAAUACUUAAAGGAGCAAUUUCUACAAGGUUGUAUAUUUGGUUUUAAUAAAAAAAACUUUUCUUGUCUCGUA